AUGAUGUCUUUUGCGGCUCGACAUGCCCCAAAAUCCCGUUUGUUCAGAUCAGAAAACUUAUUGAAUUUUAUGAAAGUCCUUUGAAGUUCUUAAAUGUUCUCGCGAAUCACCACUGAAAAAGUUUGGAUUGUCCUUCGAAAAGACACCGAGCACUGAGAUUCUGGUUGAUGUGGCAGGUCCCAGUGAGACAUCAACAGAGAACUACACUUGCGCUAUAGUGAGAAUUUGAAAAGUCCGGAGAUUCGUCCAACUUUGAAAUCUUUUCAGCGUUCUCCGUCGUCUGAAGUGCUCGCGGCUGAAUUAGUAGGAAUUGACUUUGCGGCUUCAAUUGUAAGAGAAGAAGAAAAAGUGGAAGUUUGUUUUUACUUUUAUAAUUUUUUUCAUAUGCAUUCGUUCCAGACAUCCACUCCACUUGCCCGAACUAUGACAAACAAUGAAAUCAUGUCUCUCUACAAAAAACCGGUAUGACUUUAUCUUAUUUAGUCAAGUAAUGAUUCACUUUUUGAUCCCUCAACACAACCGUGGGAACAGCGUCGCAAGCUCGCCCUUCCUCACUUCUUCAUCUAACGACUCUGUCGAUGACUAUGACGACGAGUUCUUUUCUGAAUUUGUAAGAAUGCGGACGAAAAAGUGUCGUUGAUGAGCUUCAAUCAUAGUAAUAUUCCCUGUUUCAUGAUAUUGUGUAACUAUCUCUUGUUUCAAAAGUCACCUCUGUACCCUACUUUCACUUUAUGUUAUCUGUUUUUUUUUAUUUCUUCCUUUUUCACUAUUUCGGAGUAGUUAGAACGGCAGGACAAUAAUGAAACACAAAAAUCGUUGAAAUUCUAAAUAUUUGAGCUUUGAGAACGACAGCUACGCUUGCAACUAUUCCAAGGGCGUCCAAAUAAUCUGAUUUAUUGCAGGAAAGUCUGAAAACUGACGGCCAGCGUCUUAAAACUAAGGAUUUUAUAAAACUAUAAGCUGAUAAAUUAGGAUGUAGUUGAUUGAAAAUCAUUCUCUCCGGUUAUUCACAUCAUUCCCAAGGAAGGUCUUGCCAGCGCGAGCCCUGAGACCUGCAGAAAUCGCAAGUGAAGAAUGUAAAACUCAACUUCUAAAUAUUAGGUUGUUCAAAAAAAAAAUCAUCGCGGUUUUUCAUAUUUUUGACUUCAAAUUGCCCACACUUUGCUUAGAAUCUAUCGUUCUCCUCGGAACGAGAAUCAUCUUAUUGAGUGAGCAGGUGACAACGGAAAAAACAAAAUAAUCAGCCAAUGAUAUCAAAUCCUGAAUAUUUGUAGGCUUUGAAAAUUUCGAAGCCCUUCUUGAAAUGAGUUCAAUAGUAUAAAAACUUUUGAGCUGGCCCAGUUUUUUCGUAUUUUUUUCAGCAUUUUUUUAAUAUAAAAAAAUGCAAUUAUUAUAAAUAUUAUCUGGUAUAUUCAUAUUACUUUUUUUCUUUGAUUAACUAAGUUUAUAUUUUUCAUUCAUAUUUUUUUAUCAUAAAUUAACAACUAGGACUUUAAAUAUGAAUUAAAAAAAUCUCUCCAUCCAAAUUUAUCAAAAGCUACUUCAUAAUUUUUUUCUCUGAUAUUUUUCUUUGUUCAUUAAUAUUACUCAAUUGUUUUAUUGUUAGAAGUUGAAUAGCGAUUCAAAUAAACCAGUUUAUUAAUUAAAAUUUACAAUCCUUAAGUAGAUUUAGUGAAGAUGGUUUGCGUAAAUAUAAACACAACUUUACUGAUCUCAGUAAUGACCAGAACGCCAAACUAGUAUUUCCUUAACUAACCUUAAAGAGAUUUCUACGCCUCCGAGAGGUUUUUCCCCUUCAGAGCUUUCUCAGUAAGUUUUUGGAAAGUUCACGUCCGGUUUGUCUCCAGUAGAGAGAGGCGGGCUGAGCCACAUCACUCUUCCCAGCUGGGCUGCUACAGGAGAAGGAAGGUGGACCGGCGGGCAAGAGCCACAACACGGUUUUCCGCAGUCGUCUGAGCAGCUUCGACAGAGAGACACGACGAAGCAACGCUGGCUGGGUCCUUGCCCCUCGACGACUCUCGUUUAG